GGACAUCAUAUUUACCAGUAUUAAUAAGAGAAAGGAUUAAGAAUACAAUACUCUCGCUAUGUAGCUGCUGGCAUGGAAAUAAGUAUAUCCGGUACCAAGUUUCUCGGGUGUCACAGCUUUUAAAUUGAGGGUGUGUGCAAAAUGACAGUCUCAUUGUUUAUCAAAUCAUUCACAUAGAUUGCAAUCGAACUGCAUAUGGCUGAAAAUUUCAUUGGCCCAUCUAAAAAGCACAUUCCACGGUACCAGGAAAAUUUUCUUGAGAAGUAAUAGUUUCUCACAAAAGAGCACUCUUCUCCAUGGCGGCACACCGUACGCUAUCCGUCAAUCACCCGAAAUCGGAAACACUCUACAGAUCUUAUUACGAGAAACAAUCAAAGGUUUGUUAUAAUUGUGUAAUGAAUCAGUAGGUGCCCAAGCAAACAAUUACCCUUUCACAAAGCGAGCGGUGUAGCGUUUAUUUUAGUGCCGGACAGCAUGGCGAGCAGCAUGGACGACUCACUUCGUAUUAGCCAGGACGUGGUAAGUCUGAACAGAUUUCAAUCUAUCUCUAUCUUUGGAUCUCAAGCAAUGUUGAAGACGUUUCUGUUGAGCUAUAGACUAUAGUGCAACGGAAAGAGGUCAGAGAGUUCUGCGUGAAGAAUCUUUCUUAGUCUCAGUAGGGUUUUAGUGGGACUGGGAGAUGGUCUUUUUGUGUUACUUUCCAGAAACUGCACGCUAAAUGCCGUUAAACAUUUAGGCGUUUUUAUGGUUCACGGUUGUUAUGUUUCACGGUUGUUCACGGGCAGAUAUUACAUUUGUGAACCGGUGAGUGACGGAAUGCGAGAUCUAGAAUCGCCCAGCCUGUCUAGGUGUUGUUGGUUCACCGCGAGGUAGGCGAAGCGAUUGCGGCGCGCGACUCGCGCGCGCGUUACGGCCAUCAUGGAUGACCGCACAACACCAGAUACCCUGGGGCUGAGUUUGCAACCUGGACGAAGUAGGGCGGUCGAAAAUACUAGAGAAAAACGAAUUCUGUACUUGGGGAAGGCGUGUAUUAAAGAGCGACCAUAUGGUGUUGAGCAAGAAGCUGAACACAUUUCCUACUGCAUAAGUUUCAGGGUGCCUUUAGAGUCAGAGAAGGAAAAACUUACCUAAGUUACGGAGAAGACGCUGAAGAGGAGUUUACGUUUGGGGAUUUCACUUUGAGAUUUGUUUCAGAGUUGACUGGCCACACUAGCGAGGGCUACUGGAUUGGACAGUGUGGUUGUCUUAUAAACAGACAACAUGUGUCAAGAGAGGUAGUAUUGGCGACCAGUUGUUUCGAUUCGAAACAAAAGUUUAUCAAUGCCCUCAGGCAGGCCUUCCAGGGUGGAACAUUUAGCCUCUUUCCUUCCUGCACCAAUAAAGAUGUGAUGGAAUACUACCAGUAUCUGAAGAGAGAUUUUGAGGCUGGUGACCAACAGCACUGCAACCUAAUGGUGCACGUUGGGUUGCAACGAGAUGGUUAUUGGUGCUUGUCGGAAGAGAUUCAAGUACACAAUUGUUUGCUUGUUCCACAAGAACAAAGGGAGUACAGAUGCGCCGACAGGAGGGAUUUGACACUUUAUCAUAACACUCUCGAAAAAAAAUUGCUGUCAGAGGGAUAUCUCUGUGAUGUUAUGAGAAGAUUUAUUUCCCUUGCCAGUUGCUGGGGGCCUAACAAAGUACCUUUUUUGGCAGCUGCUGCAUUUAUUUGCCAGCAUCUCAUGAAGAAAGGGCAAACUUGUGAUAGUGCAGAUCAAGCAAAUUUGGGGAUGGUAUUGAGCCCUGUUAAAUCAGUGGGGAAAUCACUCUCUGCCAAGAUGUUGGCCUUUGCACAGGGUGUUCCAGGUGUGAAACACAACCAGCUUCUGGCAGGUGGUGAUCAAGUACUGUCUGGAGUCUCUUCAAAGAAAUUAAUGGAGGCAUUGACCAAGACCACAUUUGUUGUUGUCAUCGACGAUGUAAGGAUGAGUGACAGUUUGUCAGAAUUCCUUUUGCAAGUGCAAGGUGGUCUAAUGCAGGGCUCUUCUCAAGCAGGCAUUGAUUCCCCUUUGGGAGGUGUCCUGUUGACAUCAAAUGUAAAAGAGAAUGAAAGAUUAAGUGGCAGGGUUAUACACUUUGUGUACAAGAAAGAUGACAACUUUUCAGCCACCAAGGAACAGGCCAUAAAAGAACUCAUGGAUCUUGUCUGUAGCAAUAGGGGGCUCCUGACAGUUUGGUCAAUGAAAUACACAGACUGUUUGAAAACCAUACUCCAUGAGGGUGUCGUGCUUGGUCGACUGAUUGACAUUCUCAUCGCUACCAUCCCUGGCCAGCAGGCACGGUGGUACAAAGGUGUGGCCUCAGUGCUUCUUGUCCACACAAUGCUUUACAUGAGUUGUGGACUCUUGCCUGAAGCAGAGCAAUUGGUUGAGCUGGUGGAGCAAUAUGUUGGGCACUACAAAGAGUGUGCAACAGCAAGAGAACAGUGUGUUCUUGAAAAAUUGGAACAAACAAUUAUUCAAGAAUGCAAAAACCAAGAUGCUAGAGCAAAGGUAAAGACCUGGUUAAACUUAACAGUAAAAGUGAACCAAAAUGGAACAAUGGUGAAGGGAUUAGCGAUAAAGUCCAGUCAGCUUGUAAACUGGCCGCACAUUGGAAGAAAGGAGUUGGCUGAUGAGGCAAAGAAACAUGGACAGUCUGUGGUCAACAUAUCAGUCCCAUUUGCACCUACAAUGGCAAAUGAAAACAAAUUCAAGAAGGCACUUAAAUUCCCAACCAGCCUUUUUACUCAGACUAUGCUGAAUAUUGUGGCAAAGACUUGUGGUGACGCUGAGGACAAUGCUGAGGAGAGUAAUACUCAAUCUACAGUUGCUGAACAAGAAGCUUCAGCUGAUGAAGAGCUUCAAUUCAACAGCCCUCUACAUGAGGAUCACCUGCAAAGUGUCAAAGCAGUUUACCUGUCCUUGGCUUGUGACUUGCCAACAUUGCGAAUCUCAGAUUUCCCCGACUCGGACAAUGAGUCUUGUGAUGCAAAUGAUCCUCCAGUAGCCACCAGUUUGAUGACUCCAACAUCAAAAAGGGCAAUGAACGCCCUCACUCCUAGGAGGAGGAAAGCUUUUGAAAUGGGAUAUACAGCAGGAGCCAAACACAGGAUCAGCUUGGACAGUAAUGAAACAGUUGACGAAUGCAGCAUUUGGGGUGGAGAUAAUGAUAUGGAUGAGCCUCAAGUUUUAUCAGCUAUAGAAGAAGACAGAGCAACCAAAGCAGCAUCUGAACACUCUGUCAGUGGUUGUGUUGGUGUUAGGAAGACAAGGAAAGUGACAAAUGACGAUGCAUGCAAACUGUGUAUGCUGAGUACACCUCCUGGCAGCAAAAAGAAGUGUUCCAAACAAGGAAUAAAAUGGGUACAGUGUGACACAUGUGACGACUGGUUCCACCUGUUGUGCUCUGGGCUCAACAGUAUGCCCAAAGAAGACGAAGACUGGGAAUGUGCCAAGUGCAAAGAUAGGCAGUAAUCUAUCAGAGGGUGCCGAAGAGGGUAGGGGGGAGGAAAGGGAGGGGGGAUUGGAUGCUGCAGCCCGAGGGUUUGGCUGAGGAGUCUGGAGCCCCAUGUUGUUUAUUAUUUUGUUUUCAAAGUCUGUUCGAUUGUUAGCCACAUAUGUAAUUUAAAGCUUUACUCUCAAGCCGAGAUGGCCAAAAUACCAGUUAUCAAAACGUAAGGGGUCAGUCACAUAAUUAUUGUACCCUUUGAUUUGAAAACAGUAUGUGAAAUACACAGUUUGAAUUUAACAUGUUUUCAAGGAACAAUAACGUUCUGCAGGAAAAGGUUAUCUUUACUGAGAUAAAUUUUGAUCUAUUCAUGCUGUUUCCUAUUUUUGGAAACUCUCCAAAUCAAAACAUGGAAAACCAUUGUGUACGUGUCUUCAGUAAAUAUACAUCAAAAAGUAAUAUACGUAAAAUCUUGUUGCUGCCAUUCAUCUUAAAUCAUACUUCUGUUCAGAAAUAGAAUGAUGAUGUUAGAAUCAAAUUCCCUAUAAAUGCAAUGACCCUUGAGGAAACUGUGGUUAUAGCUGCAGGAUUGAAGUUUUCUUAUUGGUGUAAAGAAGUGGAAAACCCCCCUAAAAAAAAACCAUCAACUUAAUUUUGAACAGUAUUGUUAUGUGAAAAUUGUAAGGGUAAUACCCAAUAUGUCUGGCACAUGUUAAUUCUAUAAUUCUAGUUUUAAGUGAUAACUUUUGUAUAUACAAUACUUCAAGCAUGAAGGCAACAACAAUUUUUAGAAAAACUAUCAAAUUACCUGAUUGUCAAUAAAAAGGUGUACAGAAAAAGAUGAUCCCACCAGUUUUCAUAGUGUGUUCUUCCUCUUACCAGAAGAAUCCCUUGUUUUCUCUCAAAUAUUGUAUUCAACAUGCAAAAAUAAAAUUCAUAUCUUCAA